AUGUCAAAAACUAUUAGAUCCGUCCGAUCAGCAAAACCGAGGAAUGCCUACAAUGUCGUCCUUGAGCGUGUUCUUGGGUUUACCGCGAUAAAUAAUUGCUCCAUCGCACUAGAUACAAAGAAUUCCACUGUAUUCUACACCGCGGGCUGUGUAGUUGUUGGCGAAUCCUGCAUAUCUAAUUUUCAAUUCAUCGUUCAGAGUCCAUCAAGAAAAUCCCUGACCUGUUUGGAUGUUAGCUCGGAUGGUAAAUAUAUAAUCACUGGCGAGUCCGGACAUCAACCAAUGGUGCGUGUUUGGAGUCGCACAGAUGGACAUCAGUUGGGUGCUUUGGCCAGUCAUCAUUUUCGCAUUAGCUCUGUUCGCUUCAGCCCAGGUCCCGCCACUUACAUCGUAUCAGUUGGAUGUCAGGAGGAUCAAACCAUCUGUGUCUGGGAUCGAACUCAAUUUCAAAAAGUCGCCUGCGCCAAGGUCUCGGCCAAGGCAAGUUCAAAACUUGAAUUUCUUUCCUUGCCUCGGAAUGUCAACGCCGUGGCAUUUGCCAAUGAUGGAGAGUACUUUGUCACCGUUGGAAUUCGACAUGUUCGAUUCUGGUAUCUGGAGGAGAAGAAGCGAUCCAAGGUAAAAGAAACCCAACCACUGAAGGGGAGGAAUGCAGUACUCGGAGAUAUACUCCACAACACCUUCACAGAUGUCUGCUGUUGCCUGGAUCCAGGCGAGUCUGGGGGUGUGCCGCAAAUUCUCACUUUGGUUCUCUCGCAGGCUGGCCAACUACUCCAAAUCAACUCCUCUCGUUGCGUCACCAAAUGGGUUGAUCUCAAGGUAACAAGCGCAGCAUGUUUGGCUUUAAGUAGGCAGGUGGUGGCUGUCGGCUGUGCUUCCGGUGUGUGCCUCCUCUUUUCGGCUGUCACCUUGCGAUUCAUCACCCGAGUCCCCCUACCCCAUCCCCUCGGCACUUCUAUAGCCAGUUCGAAAAUUGGGACACCCUUUUUAGCCGCCGGUUCAGGAGAUGAAGUGUCUUUUGCUGAGGUGGCGGCUAUAAAAUUCGACCUUACUAAUGGUCUUCUCAUCUGUAUGUAUGCUGAUCAUAGUCUCUACUGCUGGGACGUGUCGAAUCUGAAAUCCAUCACUCGACGCUUCGCGCAUUUUUAUCACAGUCGAGCUGUGUGCGGUGGUUCGAUAACCUCCACUUCCUCCGUCACAUCAACAUUACCUUCCACUCCUGACGAGACGGAUCUGGGUCGAUGGGCUCCUGCUGCAGACCCUGCCGUGUCUCCCCCUCACGUGGAACACUUCGCCACGUGUUCAGAUGAUGAUACAGUCCGCAUAUGGGCCUUUCCUGUCAAUCGAUCCACUUUCAAAGGCGUCGAACUAUUUCCUGAUGGCAUGUAUUCUCUAUACAGAUUCAAAAUACACGAAUCUUUGCUCCGACGAACGAGGCACGAUGCAGACGGUUUUGGACCAAGUUACUUCGGUCAAGGAAGUACGCUGAAUUGCUCAGCUCCAGGAAGUCCCUCGCCGUUGCGUCAGGCUUCGAGUUGUCGAUGGAGUAGUAAUGCGAAUAUAGCUUUUCAUCAAAAUGGAGCUGGCUAUGGUUUGCGAUCAUUGGCCAUCUCUCCUCGUGCUCGUCAUCUUGCAGUUGGCAAUCGGUCUGGUCAACUCAUGAUCUACGAUUUCAACACCUUCAAGUUGCUGCACAGCAUCCGAGCUCAUGACGCGGAGAUUCUCUCCAUCACCUACUUUGAGUCGAAACUGAUACCGGGCAUGUCUCUGUUGUGCACCUCCUCGAGGGAUCGUGUCAUUCACGUUUUUGCACCACAACAGGACUAUUCUCGUGUACAGACACUGGCAGAUCAUUCUGGAGUUGUCAACUCGGCUCUCUUCUAUGAGUGCGAGGAAAACCGCUGUAUUUACCUCAUCUCCUGUGGUGCUGAUCGAUCGCUCCUCUUUCGGGUUCUAAGUACUGACCCUGAGAGCCAGACUGCACGCUUCGUGAUAGAGCACCACGUUUCGGUGACGCAUUCCUAUUCCUGCGCUACAGUCGUUGGACCAUCAAUCCUCUCUCCACCCUCCCCCGCAGGAGGUGUUUCACGAGUCAGGACUCGAGCCAGACACUACCUCGCUGUGGCCUGUCAGGGUCGCCAGUUGCGUCUAUACCAAAUCACUAAGGCUAGGCAACUAUUUCACUAUCGGGCCAGCACUUCCGAGGACGGAUCGCCUGUCUGUUGUGCGACGGAUCCUACUAGUACUCUAAUCGCUACUGCAGGUAAUCUUGUCGUUGAAUUGUUUCUACGAAAUCCUCUGUAUGUUCUCUCGUGUGUUAUUUACCGUGAUGUGGACGUUCGCAUGUCAUAUUGGAUGGAAGUAAUGAGAUCGAAAAAAUCUUUGUUACCUAAGGCGAAUGCUGAGAACGGAGUUUGUAAAUCAAUAAUCAAUGCUAAGCGCUCAUACCUGCAGAACGUAAUUGAACAACUUGGCUUUCGUUCAGACAAGCAGAUUAAUCUCUUUCACCUCUUCACCGGUGAGCAUGUGACCACACUCUACGGUCACGCAGACAUUGUUAUGGGUCUUAUCUUCCUGCCCGAUUUACGACACCUUGUGAGUCUCUCUUGCGACUCUUGUAUCUUCAUUUGGCGUCUGCCACCCGAACUCACCGCUCUGAUGCAGGAUAGACAACAGCGAAUUGCUGCUGCCCUUGCGAACACGCUUCCCGUGGAAACGUCUUCUCUUGAAUCGCCUUCAUUACUUAAUGGAUCACCCAUUUCGUCUUCAAAUGGCCUGGAGAGCAAGAGUUUGGUGGAAAGUACAGAAUUCUGUUCCAACGAAGCUGGUCUUCCAUCUUGGGCUCGAGAAAAACUACGAUUCCGCCUCGUGACCCAGAUGUACGACGUCGGUGACCUCAAUCGAGUUGCAGCAGAGGCUGCAAAAUCCUCACGCUAUGUCCUGUUUUCUUUGCAGCAGCAUCCCAAUUCGGACACUGAACCGUCUAGGCAUAAACGCACCACUCCAGGUAGAACAGCCAAGCGUUCGCUGACAACCGACCUUACUAAACCCGCCACCAAAGCUGCUAUGGCCGCGAUGCCACACGUCUCUCGAUCCAACAGCGACCUAAAGCGCACCCUCCUUGCUUCCAGGCGCCUUCGCAACUACACUGUGAGCAAUGGACCCUCAGAAUAUUUGAGUAGGGGUGGGAGCCUCUCACGUCUCUCCUCAGCAAGCAGAGGACGUCGGGAUGGCGUUGGUGUGGAAUCAGAUGUUGAAGGAAUUCUGAAUAGAAGUCCCUCUCCCAAGAUGGCUUCCAGUGCCAUCUUUCCUCGUUGGGCCUCCAGCGUGGUAGAUGUCAACGAGGAGAGCCCUUUUGAACCUCCACCUGUCGAUAGAAAUAAUCAGUCACCCGAUCUCAUUGAGACAAAUCUCUCUCUAACCACUAGUCUCUCUACUGAUAUCCUUUCGAACAUUGACGAUCUUCCUCCAAUUAAACAUCACAGUAAUAAUGGCUUAAUGAGUCGUUCUCAAAUUGACGAUUACUGUCCCAAACUCAGUCGCGUAGAGGAGCUGUAUGAUAAUGAGAUGGACCUGCUAACGCAUGAGAGUGCACCGCAAAAGCGACCAAAUGCACUGACCAUUCGGGGGAAGACCUCGGCUAGAGCGAGCUGGUUGGAGCCGGAUGCUGAAGGAAUCGCAACGGCUAGAAAUCAGGAAGAUGAUUUGCCACUUACGGGAGAACCAAUGGUAUUUCGUCGUCCUCACAGCACUAUGACUCAUUCUCGCUCCUCUGAAGACAGCUUAGUCAAUCCUGUCUCCUCAACUUCUGAAUCUGUCUCUACACUAAGUCUCCUCUACAGUGUACGUGAAGCUCUAGACGCUGCUGUAGAACAGCUGGCAACGACAGAUGACGAGGCGAUCAGCGACAGUCGAGAGUUCUUUCGAACACACUUGGAAUGGCGUGUCAGUCGGCUGCGGAAUAUCCUCCAAGUUGAACCCCCUCUCUCCUCUUCCAUUCAUUCUGGCAUCUCCUCCACUACCAUGGAACAGCAGCAGAAUGUUGAAGAGACAGCAGUGGUCAAUCAGCUCAUCGAACGCCUCAUGCCGAGUAUUCGAACUGCAAUGACUGAGACGCUGACUGCGACAGCAACUACUGAACAGGUUGCGGACAGGAGGUCUCUGAAGGUUUCUGCUGACCCUCUGCCUGCGGAGUAG